AUGACGGACGGCCUCACCUUGACUAGGCGGAGACUUGAACGGAACGAAGAAGCAGAACUGGAUAAAGGCGACGUGCUCGUUUUCAACCCGUCGGUCACGUCCAACGGUGGCCUGUCGGAGGCCUUCCGCAUCUUCGUCAAUCCCAGCACACUCACCAAACCUCCGGCGAUCAGAAGACGCCCCGGAGUCCCGGUCCCGGAAGAAUCCACGACUGUGAUGCUCUUCCAACCAACGACGGACCCUGUUGGACCGGACGUAGCCACCAACGACGACGAACACAACACUUUUGCGGCCUUCUUCGGCCCUCACGACCGGCGAAAUGGACUAGUCACCCCGACUAACAACCCGGACAUGGAAGUGACUGAGCCUGGGGUUCUCUCAGCGGCCAUGUAUGCAAGUGAACAAACACCCCUGGACGCACCGCUCCACUUCCUAAGUACCAACAAUAUCCUGUCCAACUUGAUUUUCGACAGCACCCCACUCUGGGAAGCAAAGGGCUGGAUCGGCGUACCCCUUGCGCAGUUUGUAAAGCCGUUUAUGAAUCGCCUCCGUCAAAGGGCGCGCCAGGAUGCCUCCGGACCCUCGCCACAAACCUUCCACAAGGCCAACCCUCCGGCAAGGGUGAUCGACCCCCGCUUUGAACUGACAGGAGCCAAACUGAGCUCCCUGACCCAAGCCUUAGCGUACCGCGGGAUUAUAGAACAACACAAGGCACCGCAACGUCGACAGACAGAAGAGAACCUCGCCGCUGCCAAGACACACAUGCAGACCCCCCAGAUGAGAAGCACGAUCUGGAUGAGCACCCGACAUAAGGACUUCAGCCGCCCCUUCGCGGUCUUCCUCUGGAAGAUCAUGCACGGCGGGCUGAAAUGCGGUGCCUAUUGGAAUAGAAUCCAAGGAUACGAAGACCGCGCGAUGUGCAGCCACUGUGGGGCAAUCGAAUCAAUACAACACAUCCUCUUCGAGUGCGAAGCGGCAGGUCAAUCUCUGAUAUGGUCCUUGGUGCGUACCAUCUGGGAAAAGAAGGGAAUCAAAUGGCCCUCCUUGUCUGCUACGGAUAUCCUCACACUGGGAUUGACAACGUGGGUGGACCAAAAAGGGCGAGUUCGACAGGGAGCCACAAGGCUCUGGCGAGUGCUUAUAUCCGAAGCCGUUCACUUGAUCUGGAAACUAAGAUGCGACAGGGUGAUCGGACAUGCAGAAGACGAACAGUGGGAACACCGCGAGACGCUCGUCUGGAAUAAGUUACAAUUUACACUUAAUAGUAGGCUAGCGCUCGACGUCGAAGCCGUGAAACGGAAGUACGGGGGCUCUGCCCUCAAACGAGACCUUGUCCUGGCUACAUGGAACAAGGUACUACGGGACGAACCUGCCCUCCCAAUGGACUGGACUGCAUAUACGGGUUUUUUAGUGGGUAGAACACCGGCCUUGCGAGUAGACCUCGAGCCGGACUGA